AUGUUGAUCUCGACCGAAUUGCCGGGGCCGUCGGCUGUCUUGUCGGCUUCGACUUCCUCGAACUGGUCAACGCCUGAUGAACUAUCCACCUCGUCGUCGCCCAGCAACAUUUGGGGCAGCCAAAUCCUCACCAUCACAGAUGGCCGUUUCACACAUACCCUCUCCAUUUCUACUGCCUCAUUCCCCGCUGCGCUUCAGCUGCGCGAUGACUUUCUCCAUGAUCUUCAAACCGCUGAGCAAUCUCCUCAUGGAUUGGCUGACGAUCUCCGACAUCUUUUGACCAUCGCCCUCGAUACCUUCGAUCGUGAUAUUCUACUGCAGCGCGAGAUCCAUGGUGUAGUCUAUGCCUUGGACAUCUCCGCAGACGCCGAGUCGGCCAUUUUAGCUGCUUACGUACGUGCGCGCCAUGUUCUGCGCAAAGUCAGUCGACCAGCGGCACCUUCUGCGCUCCUGGCUGCCGCGCAGCAACGCAAAGCACGACUAUAUGCUGUGUUCGGCGGGCAGGGCAAUGAUGAAGAUUACUUUGAAGAGCUGCGGAUGCUCUGGCAGACCUAUCGCCCGCUGGUGGAAGACCUCAUUCCGUCAGUCUCGAGUAUGCUGCAGCGCGAGACCCGUGAGGAGAGCAUUAGUCGAUUCUAUCACAACGGCAUGGACAUAGUCACCUGGCUCGAGAACCCGGAUCGUACGCCACCAUCUGACUACCUAAUCGGUGCGUCUAUCAGUAUGCCGCUCAUCGGUUUGUUGCAGCUGGCCUGGUAUCGAGUCGUCGGACGCAUAGUGGGUACCACACCUGCCCAGCUUCAGACCGCGCUUGCUGGAGCCACGGGACAUUCUCAAGGCAUCAUCCCAGCCACUGUGAUUGUAGUGGCACAAUCAUGGACGCAAUUCGACGCGCUCGCGCUCGAUGCGCUUCGGUUGCUGCUCGCCAUCGGAACUGCCAGCCAGGACCAAUUUGCCGUGGGCCAGCUGCCGCCGGCUGUUGUCGCAGACGCCGAAGCCAACGGCGAGGGCUUUCCAGGACCCAUGCUGAGUGUGGCAGACUGUCCAAUCUCCCAGCUCCGCACCUAUGUAGCUUCCGUCAAUGGGUAUUUGCCCGUUGAUGCCCGCAUUGAGAUAGCUCUAAUCAACGGGCCUACCAAUGCCGUUUUGGCUGGACCGCCACUGUCACUUCAUGGGUUUAAUGUUUGGCUACGACAGGUGAAAGCUCCGGCAAAGGGCUUGCAACAUCGGAUUCCUUUCAGCCAGCGAAAGCCUGAGAUCCAUACCAGAUUCCUUCCAAUAACCACGGCCUUCCACAGCAGCUAUCUAACAGAUGUCGCUCCGGGCGUGCUGGAGCGUGUCGCGGAUUUCACCAUAACCGGUGACCAACUCCGAAUCCCUGUCUUUUGCACCCACACAGGGACAGAUCUACGCAAGUGUGGAGCCGUCAACUUGAUUCCCAAGCUCAUUGCGAUGAUAACGACCCAGCAAGUCGUCUGGCCACGGGCCGUGCAUUUUCCCGGAUCCACGCAUAUUCUUGCUUUUGGGCCUGAUGGUGCAUCUGGCAUUGGAACUCUCACUAAUCGACUCAAGGAGGGUACUGGCGUCCGUACUAUCCUGGCCACGGGCAUCUCCAGCUCCCGCACCGAGCUGGGAGAUCGCAGUGAGUUCUUUAACUGGAAUCCUGCGCCCAAGGGUCUCGUCUACGGACCUAUAUGGCGGAAUCGCUACCGACCGCAGUUGGUACAGAUUGCCGGCGGCGGCGUGCUUGUCGAUACUAAGCUCAGUCGCCUCUUGGGCUUGCCACCAGUCAUGGUGGCCGGAAUGACGCCCACAACUGCAGCCUGGGAUUUCUGUGCGGCAGUUAUGCGCGCCGGCUAUCAUGUCGAAUUGGCACUGGGCGGAUUCCAUCAAGCCGCCCAGUUGGAGACAGACGUUUACAAGCUGCUGGACGCGGUACCUGCUGGCCGGGGCAUCACCUGCAACAUGAUCUACGCCGCUCCUCACGCGGUGAAGUGGCAGAUUCCGCUGCUGGCCAAAUUACGCGCGGCCGGCGUUCCCCUGGAGGGACUCACUAUCGGCGCAGGCGUGCCUUCACUCGAGGUGGCCACUCGGUACAUCAACGAGCUCGGUCUACGCCACAUGGGCUUCAAGCCUGGCACUUUACCCGCGAUAUACCAAGUCCUCGACAUCGCAUCGGCUCAUCCCACCUUCCCUAUUCUACUCCAAUGGACAGGUGGGCGAGGUGGUGGCCACCACUCAUUCGAGGACUUCCACCAACCGAUCUUGCAAGCCUACGACUCCAUCCGCCGCUGCGAGAACGUUAUUCUUGUAGCGGGCAGUGGCUUUGGCGGUGCACAGGACACAUUCCCCUACCUAACAGGUGAUUGGGCCUGUCGGUAUAACCGCCCGCCCAUGCCCUUCGAUGGUAUCCUUCUCGGCAGUCGUUUGAUGACCGCCAAAGAAGCGCAUACCAGCCCAGCUGUGAAACAGGCAAUUGUGAAUGCGCCAGGAGUCGAGGAUGAAGGUGAUUGGGAGCAGACAUACACACAACCAGCUGGCGGCAUUAUGACUGUAACCUCAGAGAUGGGGGAACCUAUUCAUAAGCUGGCUACGCGGGGUGUGCAACUAUGGGCUGAGUUAGAUCGCAAUGUCUUCAGCCUUGAUCGUAGUAAGCGCGUCGCGUAUCUGCAGAAACACCGUGACUACCUGAUUCAGCGACUGAAUACCGAUUCGGUGAAGGUCUGGUUUGGGUGCGAUGUCCAGGGAUCUGUUAUCGACUUGGAGGAGAUGACUUACGCCGAGGUUCUGCGCCGUUUUAUUGCGCUUACCUAUGUGUCGGCUGAGGGCCGCUGGAUCGAUGAUUCCUACCGCUUGUUCCUGCAAGAUUUCCUAAAGCGCGUGGAUGCCCGCAUUGGCGACGUAGCCCCCGGCCCCGGACUCAGCGAAGUCAACGGCGACGAGGCUCUUGCUGAUCCGACAACAGCGCUGAACGCCAUCUUGAAGCGGUUGCCGACCGCUGAGGCCCAGCUUAUUGGCACGCAAGAUGCGGAAUACUUUUUGCUUCUAUGCCAGAGACGCGGCACAAAGCCAGUACCGUUUGUCCCUGUCCUCGACGAAAACUUCGAGACUUACUUCAAAAAAGACUCGCUGUGGCAGUCAGAGGAUCUUGCAGCUGUUGCUGACGCUGAUGUCGGCCGGCAGCAAGAUCCCGAAUACCAGCAGGAUGGUAUCCCUAUUGUCGACUGCUUCAGCCCAUACUCUGUCCCACAGGACUGGCGACUUGCGGAGCUGGGCAUUCAUUGCUCGCCCGUCGGAAACACAGGCGCGAUGUUAUAUGAAGUGAAACCACUGGACGGUGCGCCCGGUGCGCCACCAACACCCUCGUUAGCAGAAUGGCUUGUGGCCUUGGGCGGUUCCAAUGGAGGCUGGCGCCAAGCAUUCUUCCACGCAGCGACGAUCGUGCAGGGCCGAGCCAUCUGCGAGAAUCCGCUGCGGCGGCUUUUCCAGCCCACGCGUGAAUCAUACGUGAUGGUGCAGCAGGGCCACGGAGGCCUUUCGGCAGAUCCGAUAAUCACGCUGUUCGAACAUCGGCCACACUCUGAGCCGGUCAAGGUCGUGGAGGUGCGAGUGGAUGAGCCUAGCGUUAUCACGCUUGAGAUCAUCAACUACCGUAAUGCUGGAGGUGCCGCUAUUGGGCUGCAGUUGAAGUUCCAGUUCAGGCGUGAGGCUGUUUACGCUCCCAUCCAUGAAAUUAUGGAAGGCCGCAACCAGCGUGUCAAAGACUUCUACUAUAGAGUCUGGUUCGCGGGUGAACCACCAGAGACAUGGCCCUCGGUCCACGACACCUUCCGCGAAUCGCAGUUUGAGGUGACGGCCGACUCAAUCGCCGAGUUCGCCCAUUGUGUACAGAAUGCCAGCGAUGCCGCUAGCAAGCGGCGUGGCAAACGGAUGGCGGCACCGUUGGACUUUGGUGUCGUCAUUGGCUGGGAAGCUUUGAUGAAGCCGCUUUUCUCGCGGGAGCUUGACGUCGAUCUGUUGACGCUGGUGCAUCUCACCAAUGGCUUCCGCAUUCCCGCAGAUGCGGACCCCAUUCAGGCAGGUUAUGCACUUGAGACCAAGUCUCGUAUACAAGCCAUUACGAUCGAGGAGACAGGUAAAUUGGUCGAGGUACGUGCGGAUGUGUACCAUGAGAAUAAGGUCGUGCUCGAGUUAAGCAGUCAAUUCCUCUACCGAGGCCACCACACAGACUGGGAGAAUAUGUUCCGCAAAGUGGACGAGGAAGAGAUGGAGCUCUGCCCCCGUAGCCCGAUGGAGGUUGCGAUCUUGAACUCGAAGUCCUGGUUCCAGCCCCUGGAUCGGUCGCUCGACCUGGAAAACCAGACUUUGGUCUUCGUACUUCGUUCGACCUACCAAUACGCCAGCAAGGACACCUUCAAGACCGUUACUACUGUUGGUGAAGUUCGCGUGAAUUCAUCGCUCCCAGGUGGUUCGCGGCCGAUUGCGACCGUAGACUAUCACGCAGUCACCUGCCGAGGUAGCCCUGUCAUGGAUUACCUCAAGCGUCAUGGUAGUCCAGUGCAGAAGCGCGCUAUGUUUGAUCAGCCUAGUCCCUUGACUAACGAUGGCGAAUCUUUGAUUCUCACUAUGCCACACUCUAACGAGGCUUAUGCUCACGUCUCCUGGGACUUCAAUCCCAUCCAUGUGUCCGCGUCGCUGUCGCGAUAUGCAGAUCUACCAGGUCUGAUCACGCACAGCAUGUACACCUCGGCACGGGUACGUGGACUUGUCGAACACUACACCUGUGCCUCAACCAUCGGCGCCUUCCGUAGCUUCCACUGCUCAUUCACGAGUAUGGUGCUACCGGGAGAUAAGAUUGAAGUCGUCUUCCAGCACAUCGGCAUGUUGGCGGGACGCAAGAUCGUCUCAGUGGAGGCAAAGCACGUCGGGCGCGGCGAGACCGUUCUGCGUGGAGAAGCUGAGAUCGAACCUGAGGAGACGGCAUUCCUUUUCACUGGUCAGGGUAGUCAACAAAAGGGCAUGGGUAUGCAGCUCUAUACCCAAAGCAAAGCGGCACAGCAGGUCUGGGAUUAUGCUGAUGCCUACUUCUCCGAUAACUAUGGCUUCCGCAUUACCGACAUCGUGCGGAAUGAUCCCAAGGAGUUGACCGUCUACUUCGGAGGGCCUCAAGGCCGACACAUCCGUGACCAAUAUCGUAGUAUGACGCGAGAGUCCAUUGGGCCCCUUUCGCGCCGAAACUCGCGCCAAUGGUCAUAA